AUGGCUCUCACGUGGAGACAAACCUCUUCAACUGUGUUUGAGAACAGUAGGGGGACUUUUGAACAACUGUACUAUUAUACUCAAGGAGAAUUCGGUAAACCCGCCCCAUCCAUCCUGUUCACCACGGUCAAGUUCAAGAACCAUGAAGGCCUUACUCAUGACCAAGUUGAGGCGUCUUUGAGAAGCGCAUGGUCACAGACUAGAGCGAGGGAGCCUCAAAUUGCGGCGCGCCACGGCGAAACAGGCAAGAUCAUUGAGGUUUUCGAAGGCAAAGCUCUUGACAAUUGGCUUUCUGAGACCUUCGUUGUGUCACAAGACAAGACUCCUGAUGAUAUCUUCCGCGAGAGCGUCUCGCGUCGGUAUCCAACCUUGUUUUACUUUCCGGCCACGAUGGAGUUGACACUUCAGAUCAACCAUGCCUGGGUCGACGGCCGAGGCGCUCUUUUCUUCUGGGACAUCUUCUUCUCUACCCUGGCCAAUCCAAGUGACGUCCCUGUCACUGCUGAGACUAUCAAGAAGAACCUGCCACUCACAAUGGAUACCAUUCUCGAUGUUCCUCAAGAAAUCUCACCUGGCGUAUUGGGAUAUGCUGAAAAGUUUCUUGAACGUAUCUCAACAGACAAUGCCAUCUUCACACCUGCUGAUGAUCCAAACGCAUCACUCAAGGGUUUUUCCCGUCGCCAGUGCAAGCUCAGUCACGAGAUCAGCAGCAAAAUUAUUUCAACUUGCAAGCAGCGAGGAAUGACGGUUACAGCUGCAGUGCAGGUUGCUUUCGGCAUGGCAGUCCAAGAAUAUCAGCAAGAAAAGCAGGGCAAAGCAGGUGACGUGUGGGCUAGUUUUGCCAAUAUUGAUGCCCGUCGGUUCUUUGCCAAGGAAUAUUCUGAUGAGCUUCGGAGAGUUGCAUGUCACUGCACUGUCAUCCCGCUAUAUGUAUCCAUCAAGCCCGAUACCUUUGACGAGACAACGGUAGAGAUCUCUGAGUACUACCGAAAGGCUCUCAAUCACCCAAACGCUGAGGGUGCUCUUUGCAUCCCAGCGGCGAUGCCUUUCUACAUGCAAAAGGUGGCCGAAGGAGCCGCCUUCUCCCGAACACCUCUUCUUACAUCUUUGGGUAUCAUUGAGGAUUUCAUGGGCCGCAAGUUUGGGCAGUGGGAGGUUGAAGACUUUUGGCUUGCCAAUACCAUGAUGCCUCCAUCUAUGCAACUUUUCCUUUGGACUUGGAGAGGUCAGGUUGUGUUUGGCGGGUCGUGGAACGAGGCUAUGUAUGGCGCAGACGUGACGGAGAGGUUAUUAGAACGGACCGAGGAAAUUCUUAUGAAGGCUCUGGGGCUGCUUGGUAGUGUUUAG